GGAAUAUGGCUGCGGAGUUGUGACUGUGUAAGCGCCUUCUUUUGACCAUAUUAAUCGGGAUUGUCUGGAGCGGUGAGACCUGGUGACCUAUCCACUUGGUUUGCGACUUAAACGGUUUGAGUGGUCAUCCAUAAACACCUUUUGGGAGUGAGCAGCUUUGCGGGUUCAAAGCUCUCCACUAGAUACUUAUUCUACAACGCCUUUCGUCAACAGCAAUCAAGAUGCCGUCGUGGAUAACGGGAUUCGGCUACAAUGUUGUGAUCGCGCUUGUCUCCGUUGCCAUAUGUCACGCCCUUAUUGAUGAAAAUCUGCGCGAAGAGCGCGGCUUUGAUUCCUUAAUCGGCGGCGGUCUGGGACGUGACCUUAGUCAUACACUGCGUAAAUCCCAGCUUAAUCAGCGCUCACGGAUGGAUUCCCUGACAGGCUUCGGUCUGGGGCGGAGCUUUGACAACGACUACAUCCUCUACCAGUAUCCACCGUGGGCGGCCAUGCAGCGUCCGUACAGCAUCCCGGCCACGGAAGUAUCCAAACGUGGAUUUGAUCCCAUCGAUUCGGCGAGCGGAUUCGGCGGAUUCUCCAAGCGUAACUUCGACCAAUUGGACCGACCCGGCUUCGGAGAGCUGAGCAAGCGGUCUAUGGGCAAACGGAACUUUGACACGUUGGACCGACCUGGCUUCGGGUCAUUCUCCCGGCGAUGAGAGUGGAAUGCCGGUGCUGACAGUGACUGCAAAAUUAUAUGAAUCUGCUGCCUUUUUAGCGUCGAAAAAUUCCCCAGCUUCACAAGAUCGGCCAGUGCAUGAUGAUGCUUUACGCUUGUUUUACCCAAACCUGUGAAAUAACGUUCUAAUUAUUGCUUUACAUACGUACACGUGCAGUUUAAUAAUGUAUUUAAAUUGAGUAGGUACAUAAAAUGCAACAUCGUUGUAAGUUUUGUUUUGCUACAAUUGAAGUUACUGAACGGAGGCGAUAGGAUUUUUCAUGUUAGUCGUAUACCUUAUUAUUAGUUAUUGAAAAUUUAUCAGUCUCGCUCGUUUACAUUUUGUAUGUACAAAAUGUAUAAUUACAGCAAAUUCAUAGCUGGAAAGCUUCGCUUAUAUUUAUUUAACGAUAAAUUGGUCGUAAUGCA